UUCCGUUCAGCCAAUCAGGAGACAGUCUAAUCGUGUUUUUCGUUUCCAAUCCAGAGGCUCGGAAGAGAAGGGAGGAAAGAAGCGAGCAAGCGAGGUGUUAACGCUGCAGGUUCCGAGAGCUGUUUGGUCCCGCUUCGCUUAGAUCCGCCUAUCAACACGCCCUUGACUUCGUAAUAAAUAUCGGAGACGAGAUCAACGCACAGGGGCCAAUUUUCUGCUUCUUCUUACGCUCUCCUGCUACCUGUGCUUCGGAUCAAGGUGCUCACCUGUUCCAUUAUUCUGUUCGAAGACCAUGGAUACAGAAAUUGAUCAGCAAGAAGAGGGCUCAUUCAGCAACACGGAGACGAAUGGUAAACGCCCUGCUGAGGAUGCAGAUGAGCAGAAGUCAUUCAAACGCUCCAGAAACUCCGAUGAGAUGGUAGAGCUUCGCAUUCUCCUGCAGAGCAAAAAUGCAGGAGCUGUGAUUGGGAAGGGUGGAAAAAACAUCAAAGCCCUUCGUUCAGAUUACAAUGCCAGUGUGUCAGUCCCAGACAGCAGUGGGCCUGAGCGAAUCCUGAGCAUCAGCGCAGACAUAGAGACUAUUGGAGAUAUCCUACUGAAGAUUAUCCCUACGUUGGAGGAAUACCAGCAAUACAACGGCAAUGACUUUGAUUGUGAGCUCCGUCUGCUGAUCCAUCAGAGUCUGGCCGGCUCCAUCAUCGGAGUGAAAGGAGCAAAGAUCAAGGAGCUUCGUGAGAACACAAAGACCAGCAUCAAGCUGUUUCAGGAGUGUUGUCCCCAGUCGACCGACCGUGUAGUGCUGGUUGGGGGUAAAAUGGAGAGGGUGGUGGAGUGUAUCAAGACCAUGCUGGAGCUCAUCUCUGAAGCUCCAAUAAAAGGCCGAACGCAGCCCUACGACCCCAACUUCUACGAUGAAACGUACGACUACGGUGGUUUCAGCAUCAUGUUCGAGGAGAGGGGAGGUGGCCGCAGGCUCAUGGGCGGCUUCCCCAUGCGCGGCGGCAGGUCCAGCGGGGAUCGUGGGUAUGACAGAAUGCCUUCCAGCAGAGGGGUGCGCGGACCCCCGCCUCCCUCGCGCCGUGAUUACGACGACAUCAGCCCCCGCCGGGGUCCUCCUCCGCCCCACCCCAGCAGGGUGGGCAGGGGAAGCGUGCGUCCACGCAGCAUGCCGAUGGGUCACCCAUACAGGGGAGGCAGAGACGAUCGUUACUAUGACUCAUACCGUGGCUCAGAUGACCGCUCAAAUGACAGAAGAGGCAGACCGGAUCGCUACAGCGAUAACAUGAGUGGCGGUGGAUAUGAUAACAGUUCCUCCUGGGAUAGCUACCAGUCAGGUGGACGGGGCUCCUACAACGACAUGGGCGGUCCUGUCAUCACCACACAAGUGACGAUCCCUAAAGACCUGGCCGGAUCCAUCAUCGGUAAGGGAGGCCAGAGGAUCAAACAGAUUCGCCACGAGUCUGGGGCCUCCAUCAAGAUCGAUGAGCCUUUGGAGGGUUCAGAGGAUCGCAUCAUUACCAUCACUGGUACCCAAGACCAGAUCCAGAAUGCCCAGUACCUCCUACAGAACAGUGUGAAGCAGUACUCUGGUCAUUUGCUGUAGACCCCGAGGGAGCAGAUUGAAGAAAACUCGGAUUGAGCGCCCCUUCCUCCUCCUCCUCAAAUCUCUUUGCCCUGGUCCAACACAUCCCCUUCAGACUUUAACUCUGGAUUGUGGGUGUCUUUUUUUAUUUUAUUUUUGUAUUUUUAAUUAAAUGUCCUACAUUCCUGUGCAUCCACAAAAAAUGUAGAAGAUCUACAUUUUAAAGAGUAGUCCAAUAGUUUGUCAGAUUCUGCUUUUGAUUUUAUUUUUUUUCCUUUUUUGUAAUGCAUACAUCUGAAUAUCUGGUUUGCUUCAUUAAAGAUUAAACCUAACCCUUUUAGUUUUGGAUGGAUUUAGGUUAUUUUGAUGCAUAAAUGUGGAUGUUUGUGUGUGCGCGUGUGAGAGCAUGGUGUGCGUGUGUGGGUUGGUAUGCUUGCAGUUGUCUCCUACCAAUUUGUGCAACUUACAGAAUGUAAGAUGUUCCUUUUUUUUGUUCUUCCUUAACAGCUUGGGGGAAAUGUAACCCUAGAAUUGAUUCAGUAAUGUUUUUGUUGGGAGUUCUAUACAAACAGAAGACAGAACAGAAUAAUUUGUACAAACACUGUAGUGGUGCAGCAAAUUAAACCUGAAUUAUUGAAGUAACUCCAAAAGUAAGCAUUUGUGUUGGUAGUUAAAGAUUUAAGGCAUUUAUUGGUUAUUGGACACACACACAUUGAACUUUUCUACUACUCUGAACUUGUUUGCUCUUCAUUGUUGGGAACUUCACAAUGUCAAAGUUAAAGAGAAAUAAAGAUGCCACUUUUUACUGAA